CGACAGCCCGUAUGCUGCGGGCGCUUGCAUUAAACGUCUCACGUGUCCACCUGUUCCGAAAAUAAGACAGGGAGACAGGUUAACCUUAUCAGAUGGCAUCCUUACUUAGUAACGUAAAUGGCGGAUUUGGGCAAGCUCGGAUACCCGAAGCAGGUGAUCAAGCGUCACGGCUUGCGUAUACGCCCUGCUCGUCGCGAAGCGUGGGCGCAGCGAGCGCCUCCUUAGCAUCUGCCGGAUCCUCUGCACCUGCUGGGGACCCAGCAAGUUAUGCGGACGCAUCAACAACACGACAACAGGCGAGCCAUACCAUGCCCCUCCCGGCGAAGGUAGCAGCAGGCCUAUUCCCGUUCCUACCUCCGGGAGGCAACGGAGGCGGUGGAGGCGACAGGCCGCCGCCGCCCCGCGGGGGUGCGCUGGGCGGUAAGCCACAGCAGGAGGUGGUGUUGACACUCGCCUCCUUUGCGGUCACCAAACUGGCGUACGUGCGGGUCACUAAGGCUUUCCGGGAAGCUUACCAGCGGGAAACCGGCAUCGACGUGCGCUUUCGCCUCACCUUCGCGGCUAGCGGUGUGCAGGCUCGUGCGGUAAUCGACGGCUUGCCGGCUGACAUCGUGGCCCUAGCGCUGCCGCUGGACCUGGACAAGAUCGUGGCUGCGGGCCUCAUCGCACCCGACUGGCGCGCGCGCUACCCCUGCAAAUCCAUUGUGUGCGAGACGACCGUUGCAUUUGUCGUACGGCCGGGCAACCCCAAAAACAUCCGCACGUGGGACGACCUGACGCGGCCGGGAGUAGAUGUGGUGCUUGCCAACCCCAAGACAGCCGGCGUGGCCAGGUGGAUCUUCCUGGCCCUGUGGGGUGCCAAGAUGCGGCAGGGCGAUGCGGCGGCGCUCAGCUAUGUCACGAAGGUGUUUGAGAACGUGGUGGUGCAGCCGCGGGACGCGCGGGAGGCCUCGGACGUGUUUUACAAGCAGAAGGUUGGCGAUGUGCUGCUGACGUACGAGAACGAGGUGAUCCUCACCAAUGAGGUGUACGGCGACAAGGCGUUGCCGUACCUGGUGCCCUCGUACAACAUCCGCAUUGAGUGCCCGCUAGCAGCUGUGGACAAGGUUGUGGAGUCGCGUGGCCCGGAGGUGCAGAAGGCAGCUGGGGACUUCUGCCGCUUCCUCUUCACCCCGCCCGCGCAGUCCGAGUUCGCCAAGCUGGGCUUCCGCGUAAACCCGCGCACGUGCAAGGAGGUGGCGGUGCAGCAGACCGGCCUGCCGCCGGCGACGCUGUGGCAGGUGGAUCGCGAGCUGGGCGGGUGGGAUGCGGCGCAGGCCAAGUUUUUCGAUGCGGGCGCCAUAUUGGACGAUAUCCAAACGGCAGUGGGGCGCAAGCGGGUGGAGCAGCGGAGGGCCAAGACGGCGGCGGGGCAGCGGUAGGGGUGUGGGGCACUAAGGAGUGGGCGGCGCUGGCAGCGGCACCGCUGCAGGAGAGCUUAUGUAGUGGGUGCUCUAGCGAAUGUCAGACCGCUUUGGUUCGGCUGGGUUGCUGCGCCCCUGUUAGGGUUGACGCUAUGUCUGGGACCUGGUGAAGAGACAGGUUAAAAGUUCAUAUAGGGCACUGCUGCAUCGGUAAGGGAGUUCGUGAGAAGGCCAAACCUAACCGGGAAGACGCUAUAGGGAGGGGUCUUGCGUCUUGUUUAGCCCUGCAUGAAACGAACGGCUCACAUCAUUGAAUUUUGCUGUUUUUGGUGAAGGGCGUAAGCAUGAGGUACCCGCACGUGA